CCCAAGGCUGAUUCUUCCACAAAAAUGAGAAAUCACACUGCGGUGACUGAAUUCAUCCUGCUGGGCAUCCCUGAGACAGAAGGCCUAGAGACUGCUCUUUUCUUCCUGUUCUCAUCAUUGUAUUCAUGUACCCUCCUGGGAAAUGUGCUCAUUCUUGCUGCUAUCUUGUCCUCCUCUCGGCUUCACACUCCCAUGUAUUAUUUCUUGGGAAAUCUCUCCAUCUUUGACCUGAGUUUCUCUUCGACUACUGUCCCCAAGAUGUUGUCCUACCUUUCAGGGCACAGUCAAGGUAUCUCUUUUCAGGGCUGUGCUGCUCAGCUCUUCUUCUACCAUUUCCUGGGCUGCACUGAGGCUUUCUUAUACCUAGUGAUGGCCUACGACCGCUUUGUUGCCAUAUGCUAUCCAUUGAGAUACACGGUCAUCAUGAACCACAGGGUGUGCUCUGUAUUGGCCACAGGAACCUGGAUGAGUGGCUGUGUCCAUGCCAUUAUCCUAACCUCCCUCACCUUCCAGCUACCCUACUGUGGCUCCAACCAGGUGGCCUACUACUUCUGUGAUAUUCCUGCAGUGUUGCCUCUAGCCUGUGAGGACACAUCUGUAGCUCAGAGGGUAGGAUUUACAAAUGUUGGUCUUGUGUCUCUGGCUUGCUUUUUUCUCAUUCUUGUUUCCUACUUUUGCAUUGUGAUCUCCAUAUUGAAAAUUCAUUCCACAGAGGGCAGGCAACGAGCAUUUUCCACCUGCAGUGCCCACCUCACUGCAAUCCUUUGUGUUUAUGGACCAAUCGUCAUCAUCUAUCUGCAGCCCAACCCCAGUCCCUUUCUUGGUGCUGUAAUUCAAAUAGUGAAUAAUCUUGUAACCCCCAUGUUGAACCCACUGAUAUAUAGCCUGAGGAAUAAGGAUGUAAAAUCUGCCCUGAGGAACAUAUUUCUCAAGAGAAGCCUUGCUUUGGAAAGAAAGUGCGAUAUCUAACUUUUUACUGGACGCAGUUUGAUUCCUCUUUUAUUUAGGACAAAUUCUUAUUUGCAGCAUCUGAAUUAAUCUGCCAUUUAAUAUCCGUGUUUUACAAUAUGUGUUUUAUAAUUCUAUUUCUCUAUGUUCUAUAAUGAAUUAUAGCUGACAACUUUGCUUUACAGACAGUGCACUGAUUCCUACGCUAUGUGGAUUAUAUCCCAGAACUGCUACCUCCCAAAACAUUUCUUAGUCUUUUAAAUCUCUUAGUAAGUUAAGAUAUGACAUCUAUUCUUAUCUGACCUAAGUUAAUAUACUCACAUAUAUCUACAGCCAAGAGAGAAUGAAAAGAAAAUUCUGGAAAUGGUAGAUUAAUACCAAAUAUCAGAAUUUUGCAUCCUUUCUUUUUAUAGAUAUCAAGCUCAAAUUUUCUACCAAUCUCCCCUAAAAUUCAAAUUAGCUAAUUUUUAGGGCCAGGGAUUUAGCUCAGUGGU